AUGUAUAUUGACCUCUAUUCGGAUCGUCAUCCACUUAAGACCUACGGCGACCUGGCCUUCCGUGUUUUUGGCAGCUGGGCCCGGUGCCUGAUGAAAGUGCUCCAGAGUCUGCAGCUUUUCUUUGAUGUUGCCCCGUUGACCCUCGCCAGUGGGAAGGGAGUUGCACAACUGGCACAGGGCAAGGUCUGCUUCAUCAUCUGCGUCUUCAUCUUCUACUGUGCUGGCUGUCUACUGGGUCAAGUGCGCACCCUCCGCACGUCUAAAUGGCUGGCUAAUCUUUCUAUUAUUCUGAACGUGCUGGUCCUCUGCAUCAGGUCAGGAAAAGCCUAUCCCUGUUAA